AUGGCCGGGUCAUCUCAUUUCAACAACAGCAUAGUAGAGCGCUUGGUGCAUUAUGAACGGGAUCAGUUUAUUAGAAGCGUACGCAAUCGCGAGACUGAACUUCUCCAACUCGCCUCAACUAGCUGCGACAAAGGUCCCGGUUCCUUCUUCCAGGCGCCAGCGGCCGGCGACUAUUUUACCCAGGGAAGCUACAACCUCUGCUUCUUUAUUCAGUUUUCAGACUUGCAAAGAUGCGUUUUUCGAAUUCCCUUGCGACCCUGUCUAGGGUAUUGCCCGGGCCGCAAGAUAAAAAGCGAGGUGGCUACAAUGCGCUGCCUCGAAGAAAGCACAACCAUACCCGUUCCAAAAAUUCUAGCUUAUAGUGAGGAUGUCAAUUCAGACCCCCUAUCGACAUUCGUUAUUCUGGAUUACGUUGACGGCACGAUGCUCUCUAGUACUCAGAUGGAGAAGCUGGAUUCGCAGGAAAGGGAGCAACUCUACACGUCAUUGGCCGACAUUUACAUACAGCUCAGACGACUGGAAUUUCCUUCCAUUGGCAGACUUGAGCAGACGCAAACCUCGAAUGGGUUCCAAGUCGGUCAAAAGGCAGCUACAAUCGACAUCAACAUGCAACAAUUGGAGGGCUUGGAUCCGUUUGCCGUUCAGGAUGCGUACUCUAACGACCGUGGUUGCAUGCAUUCGGCUACCGCUUACGCAAACAUGUUACUAGACAUUAGCUACAACGCAUUUUUUAAAAGCCGAAACGCCGUCGAGGUGGGCAUGGGCCGAGAUGCCGUAUAUCAUCACCACCUCUUUUACCAGCACGCCAAGCAAUGGAUAGACCCGGCUUUAGACAAUGGCCCGUUUGUGCUGGUCCACGGCGAUCUCCAUCCAUCGAAUUUAAUGGUCGACGACAAAAUGCGUAUUAUUGGUGUGCUUGACUGGGAAUGGAGCCGCGUUGUCCCAGUCCAGUUUUUCGUUCCGCUCCUCUGGAUCAGCGGCAGGACUACAGUCGAAUUAGCUGGACACAACACGUGGCAACUCUUUCUUAUAACGUCGUUCAAGGAAUUCCUCUCCGUGACUGAAUCCCGGGAGCUAUACAUGUUUGGCAAUACAUUGCUUUCUCGUGAGUGGGCAGAACGGUCCACGCACGCAGAGCCGCUAGUUGCCAACGCUCUAGAAAACUGGACAGACAUGGAUUGGUUCGCUUACCGAUACCUGAGCCGUGCAGACAAAGAGGCGGCGAAGGAAUCCAUCAAGACCUUUAUAGAUGAAGAUCCGCUACGGAGGCUGGUUGCGGAGAUGAAGGAGCGGGAUGCAAGCGCCUAUCACAAAGAGUUUGCCAAGGUGAUGGAUGCAGGGAUCCCUCCGAAGAAACGACCUGUGUUGUUGAUCUUUCUUGGACAGCUUUCCAGGGUCUUGCACGCUGGCCCAAAUACCGCCAUCAUUGCAUGUGUGGGUGUCCCGAUCGUGUUGUCCCUCAUAUGGAGAAGACCGUGGUCUAGCCCCAGCCCUCAAGUGUUCUGA